GGAAUCCGACGAGCCAUACCAUUUCUGCCUUCACGGGGGUGUCGUGGUAAAUACUAACAGCAGGAUGUUGCUUCCUCACCCGUUUGAAACACACAUUGCUAACUAAAACACAAACUUACAUUGUAGUUGACUCUAUUUAAUUAUUUUGGUGCUCAUAAUAAGAUGAAAAAUGCACUUGAUUAAAAAUCAUAUUUCUUCCACCCCCGCCGGGAUGAAAGUUGAACGGUUUGGCUCAAAAAUGGCUGCAGAGAAACAGUUAUGAGGAUCGACGAUUUUGACCAGGUAUUUACGACGGAAAUGAGCCUGUCGUAGCUUGAAGGAGUUUCCUCCACAUAACUGGGGAUCCAGGGGGAGUGUGGAGAGGGGGGGACAGGACCACCACCCGGGCACCACCCAGACAGAGGAGGAGGAGGAGGAGGAGGAGGAGGGAGCGAGGGAGCAGCUGAGGAGGAAGGAUCAUCCAAUCGCCUCUCCCAUGUGGCUGAGCUGGAGAAGGAGUUGUUAACGUGCCGAUUAUGCAGAUGGAAACACACUGAGAGGGGCAUCCCGAAAUGGGCAGCAAAGUAUGAAAGGAGAGGACUCACAUGGAGGGGAGUAAUGGAAGGAGAGGAUGGGAGGAGAACAGAAUAGGUUGGUAGUCAUUGAGUCCAGCCCUUCAGAUGAAGAGCCUCCAGUUCCGGAGCAUCGCCCCCAAGGCCCCGGCCGUGGUGCCCUCCCCCUCCCCCGCGGUCCUGUCCUGCCAACCUCCCUCUGCCCUCCCUGAGGCUGCCACCGCCACCAGCCCUAAGUCCAUCAUUGUGCCCACCCAAAACUAUGCACUGAUGCAAAUAGCAGGUCAGGAUGGCACUUUCUCUCUGGUGGCGCUGCCCCCUUCGGUGUCCUCCCAGACGCCACAGCAACAACAGCAGCAAACCCAGAAGAACCUCAAGUUGCCCAUUCCCAGAUACCAGCCGGUGAGGAGCAAGGGGACAACAGACAAGGUCAAGUCACCGCCACUAGCUGCUAGGGUGAAAACAGCCGCCAAGGCUGCUGUGACGGCGCCAACCAAGUCCGUGGUGAGUGGGGCUUCAACAGGGAUGAAGAAAAAACAACAUGAGUCCAAGCACACAAAGGACACCCUAGUGCCCAAAGAGGAGCCUUCAGAGCAGGUGAUUCUGAUCGAGCCAGCCUCCUCUGACAUCUCCGUCACUGCUCUACUACCAGACAAUGCUGUCCUGUACCCGGGUUCUCAGUUAGAGCGAGCGCCAGAUGGCUCUGAACGACCUGCUACAACUGGUCUUAUUCAGAACCUCCAGUACCCCCCUUCUGCUGUCAAGGGCUCCCCAGGUAAACCCCCGGAGGAAAGUAAGACUACAAUGAGGCUGUGCCAGUCCAAGUCCGCUGCAGCCCAGCCCCAGAGCAGCAUCACUGUCCUGUCCUCAGCCAUCUUCAGCAAAGCGGUCCAGAUUAUCCCGUCCCCACCUAAGGGUAAACUGCCCAUUCUGCCCUACUCUAAAAUGAAGAGCACCCUCAUCCCAGCUGCCAAACUCCGCAGUCUGUCCCCAGAGAAGGGUUUUUCUAGUCCGACCGGACUCACCAGCCCCUUAGAUCCUACAUCCAAGACCCUCGAGACAGCGGAAGCCUUGGGCCGCAACCAGGUGCCAAACGCCACUCUACAGCCCCAGGCCAAGACCACACUCAUGCCUGUGUUGGGAACCCUCCAGAAACCGCCUGGCAAGAAGAGGGGGAGGAAGAGAAAGACAAUGGAGGACAUCUUGGUAUUUGAGGCCAGAAAGAAGAGGUCCUUGUCUUUCUUCCGUAGAAGGGUCCCAGAGAAACCGCCAGCAGUUGUUCCAGGCUCCAAAGAAAAGGAGGUUGAUAUUUCAAAGAAGUAUCGCAGCAUUCGACCCAAACCAAUGUUGGUUAUGGAGACAGUUCCCCAACUGGUUAGUUUGCCUGCCAUUACCCCAGACGGCCAAGAACAGGAGCUCGUACUUGGUCAUCAGCUCCCCACCACUACCACAACCAAGGCCCUGGACUGUCCUCCCCAACCAGCCCCAGUGACCCUCCACCUGAGAGGCGCCUCCCAUCCGAGGGUGUUCAUAGGCAGCCGUCCGCUCCACCGUUGCCCCACCUGCAGCCGCUGUUUCCAGUUCAAGCAUCACCUCCAGAGCCACAUGAACAGUCACACCAACAGCCGGCCCUACGUCUGCCCGGUCUGCCGCAAAGCGUACGCCCACUCCGGCAGCCUGAGCACCCACAUGAAGCUCCACCACUCCGAUGUGCGCCCGCGUCGGUCUCUGUGCUGCGAGUUCUGCGAGAAGGCCUUUGGAUACGUGGGGGUUUACUUCAGUCAUCUGAGAGAGGUCCACAAGGUGGUGCUAACCGUGGAGCCGUCCAUCAGCCAACAUGAGGAUGACAUGUCUUUGGAGGGGGCCAACUCCCUAGAGCCGUCAGAUGAGCAGGAUCGUGAAGACCCCGUGGAGCUGCAGAUUAAAUGUGGCCGCUGCCAGGCCAUCACUCCCACCUUCGCCGACAUGAAGAUGCACUUGCUGCACGUGCACGGAGAGGAGAUCCAGGUUCCGCUUCACGACGGCCAAUCAUUGCGGGGCGCCCGCGAGGCCGAGGACGAGCUGGUAAAGCACGCCGCCCACUACUGGCGGCAGCUCAACGAGAAGCGCAACCUGGUCAAGUGCGGCAGCUGCGACGAGGAGUUCUUCUCCUUCUCCAAGCUUAAGAAGCACAUCAUGUCCCACCACCGCGGAAGGGAGGGGGGGGAGGACAGUGGGACCGUCUCGUCGCCAGAUAGCGGCGGCGUAGGCCUCGGGGUCCUCGCAGCAGGCGCAGCCUUUAAUUGCGUGCUUUGCAGCGAGGUGUUGGACACUAAAGAGGGCGUUAUGGAGCACUGGAGGAGUCGCCACCACUGUGAGCAGCCCAGCCUUCUGUGGGACGCACUGAGCGCCUACUCCGGCAAGGAAGAGGGCGAAGCGGACGGGGAUCUGGACACUCCUGCUCCGAGCCCACACUAUCCAGCCUAGCCCCUCAGACGGGCACGGAGCCCCUUCACUGAGGCUCCUCACACACACUCAGUCCUAACAAUCAGCAGCACAGGGAUGGAGAGUUCCUCUUAUGUCUUUUAUCACUAGUUUUAUCUUUCACCAUUUGAGCUGAAAAAGAA